CUGGAGCGGCGUGAGAUGUACCUGCGACUCGGCGAUCAGCCGUACAAACGUGGCGGCCGAAUCAUAAACAGCUGCAGCAGCAACAGUAGCCUCGUCCUUCAGUAUCAUCAUCAACAGCAGCAGCAGCAGCAGCAGCAGCAGCAGCAACUCUGGUGGCGACCGCAUUACUAUCACCAUCAUCGUCAGUACUAUCAUCAGCAGCAGCAUCAUCAUCACCUUCAUUACCAUCAUCACCAUCAUCACCAUCACCAUCACCAUUACCAUUAUCACGGUGCCGCUGGCCGCCAGCGUCGAGUGAAUCGUGCCAACGCGCUCGCCGCCGCCGUCGUGUCGCAGCAACGGCAUCAGCAGUAUCAACGCCGUCGACGACAACGACAACGACAACAGCAGCAGCAGCAGCGUCGGCGACGUUUUCACGCGCUGCCCUUCAGAAAUAAUCCGCAGCAGGACGAUCAUUACCGCGCGCGCAGCAGCCGAAUCGGCAGUAGUAUGAAAACGAGAUACUUGAGCAGUCUACAGUGCGCGAACGGAGUCAGCGGCGAGAACAACGAGAGCCGAACGGGCAGCAGCGUUAACAACGGCGUCGGUGCUGGAGUCGUCGGCGGCGGCGGCGGCGGUGGUCCUGGCAGCGGGGGCGGACGCGGCGGAGCUGGAGGAGUCGAGGCCCGCCAGAGCCUGGGCUCCAGCAACGGCCAGAUCGGUUCCGCGACCAGACUGCUCCGAGCUCGCGGCAACGGCAAUCGAAGCAGCGGCGGCGGCGGCGGCAGCGGUGCCAACAACAGCAACAUCAACAACAGCAACGGUGCUGCGGCGGUGGUCGCGGGCAGCCAAGGCCUGGGUGCGGGCAUCGCGUCGUCCGGAGGCGCUGGGGGUGCUAGCGGCAGAGGCACGUCCACCGGUGGCUGCCAGAACGGCGGCUCUGCGGCUUGCAACAAUCUGCAGCAGCAACAGCAGCAACUGCUCCAGCAGUCACAGCAGGAGGGCACGCAGCAGCAGCAUCAGGCCCAGGGCUCGACGCUCAACGGCGCGACCUCCAACAACCACCACCACCAUCAUCACCACCACCACCACCACCACAACAACAGCCAUCAACACCAUCAUCACCACCAGCAGAAUCAACAGAACAACGGCAGCGGCAGCAGUCCGCGCAGCUCGUCUCAGACGACUCCCGGCUCGGCCGCGUCCAACGUCGAUUGCAACGGCGACGAGUUGAUCGGCUCAGGCGCCUGUGCGCUCUCCACCAGUCGACAGCAGCAGCAGCAACAGUCGGAGCUUCAGCAGCAGCAGCAGCAGCAGCAACAGCAGUCGCACCCCCGAGGUCUGGCUGCCAUCGCUGCGGCGGCGGCUGCACUGCCGACCAUCACUUUCGAGCCCGGCGCGCCCCACAAUCUUCAUAAUCUGACCAAUCACCUGCACAUCCAAACCAACAUACACCCGGACACGGGGACCCUCAACCACACGGUCGUAGUCAGGCAUCUGCGGAAGAAUCCAAUCCUCAAGCAGUGCUCCGAGCAUCGGCAUUAUCAUCCGUCGACGCGGUCGCAUCACUCUCGUCCCCACCGGGGCAUGAACAUGGGCCAAAAAGUGUCAGGUGGCGUGAAAAACGUGACGCGGGAAAAUGGUGCUGGCACAGGCGGUGGAAACGUCGUUGGCAGUGGAGCAGCGGCCUACAAAUCGGUAGUACCACGCGAGCUGGCCCAGGACUUUUCGCGGCCAGCGAGGCUAGAUGUUCUACUGGACAUGCCACCGGCCUCCAGGGAGAUUCAAGUGCAGCACAGUUGGAACGCGGAUGAUCGCAGUCUCAAUAUAUUUGUCAAGGAAGACGAUAAGCUCACAUUUCACCGACACCCAGUGGCGCAAAGUACCGAUUGUAUCAGAGGAAAGGUAGGAUAUACGAAAGGUUUGCACGUGUGGGAGCUUCAUUGGAGCACGCGGCAGCGAGGUACACACGCGGUCGUCGGCGUCGCGACAGGUGACGCGCCACUUCACAGCGUGGGUUAUCAGAGCCUCGUAGGCAACAACGAGCUCAGCUGGGGCUGGGACCUUGGUCGAAAUAGACUGUAUCACGACUCGAAAAACGCAAAUGGAGUUACGUACCCCGCUCUCCUUAAACCAGAGGAGAGCUUCAUCGUUCCUGACAAAUUUCUCGUGGUUUUGGACAUGGAUGAAGGCACAUUAUCAUUUGUCGUUGAAGGCCAGUAUCUAGGAGUAGCUUUUAGGGGAUUAAAAGGAAAGAAACUUUAUCCAAUUGUGUCAGCAGUAUGGGGCCAUUGUGAAAUUACAAUGAAAUAUCUUGGUGGCCUUGAUCCUGAACCAUUGCCACUGAUGGACCUGUGCAGAAGAGUCAUAAGACAGAAUAUAGGAAAGGAGCGUUUAGAAGAGAAAGUUUCAGUGUUGCAUUUGCCACUGGCUAUGAGAACUUAUCUUCUAUAUAGAGAUAGGAGGUAACCACUAACUAGUGUUUUCUGAAAUGUCUGCGCAACUAGGAUCAGUACUACUAAGACUUCAUUGCAAUUGCGAAAUCGAUGUAAUCUACAACGCACAGAAGACCUGUCGAACCUACCGUAUGCUAAUGAGCAUAAUCCACCAAUACCUGCGUGUUUCUCAUGUUGAAGGAAGAAAAAAGUGAAUUACCAAGUACAAAAAAUAAUGGAAGAAAUGUCGCUUUAAUGGCAGCGCUUUAAGCUGAAGCAAAAUAACAAGUGGUGCGUCUAUUUUUGCGAACGAUUUUAAAUACUUUGAUUGUAGAUAGAUUUUACUCGAAAUAUGGUUUCGUAAUUUUUCGUACUCACUUUGAAUGUGAAGUAUUUGCAGUGUGCAAUGAUUGCUCGAGUGGUUUAUUUCUUACUUUUUUGUGUUACGGUGUUCAUGAGUCUAACGAAAUAAUGACUAUAAAAAUAAUUGAGACACGCAGCGGCGUCGUGAGAAUUCGUUAUAUUUGAAAGGUUCUCGAUGGUUGGCCAGUAACAUAUUAGAGCUAGUUGAGCCUAAGAACCAAACAAGUUGGCGAUUAAUUUUCUCUUUCAACUAUAAAUUCAGGGCUUGUGCUCUAGUCCAGCAUUACGAAUGGUUUAUUAAUAGUUUUACGGAAAAGUCGAAUUUAACAAAAGUAACAGAUUAUUUUAAGAAUUUCUGUUGUAUUAGUUGUUCGACGUUCAUUUAUGUAUAAAGAAAAAGGAAAAUCUGUGUGUAUGCGAGACGUCAUGAAGUCAUUUCAUAAAAGCCUCACGCGGUUGGUUCAGAUAAUUUUACUAUCAUUUGUUCCCAAAUAAGUGGCAAUAUCAAUUCCUAGUUGAAGCAAAUUUCAAGCAAAAUGUUGGAUAUCGUAAGAAAUUGUCUAUUUGUCAUGCUUUACUUUUGUUUUCUCUUAUUUGCUUGAGGACGCGUAGUACACUGUGAACUCGUGAUUUAAAGCUCGUCGUUUUCAUUGUCUUACGUGAAAAUUAUCAUCGCUUAUUCUUUGUUAUAUAAGGAAAGGUUGAUAAAAUUAAUUUGUUAUAUAAAUUUAAAAAUUAUUAGCAUAAGAACAUACACGAACAUUUGAAAUAAUGCUUGAAUAAGCGAAUUAGGUGUUCAUAGAGAAAAUUCGAUUUAAUAUUUAAGAUGUAUAAUCGGAAAUAUUAAUAAGCUAUGAAAGCAAAACUAGGAAAAAAACUUGCAUGACUAUUGAUGAUUAAGCGAUGAUAAUAGAUGUUAUGAUAUUUGUAUCAAGCAUGCAACUUUUAUUAUAGAAGCAUGACAUUUUAUGACUGGUUGAUAUUGGUCUGUCUAGUUAAUAUUUCUAUUCUUGAGUUUACUCGAACAAAAAAACUACAAUUAUGGAAAUGUGAAGCGAACUUUCGCAAAAUGUAAAUAUAAAUACGUUACGACGCUGUCUUCACUGUCGUAACGCAUAAUUUUUGUUAUUAUUUGUCCUUGACUGCUUCUACGUAAGCAGUUUAGUUUCGUGUACUUUUAUUGUUUAAAUUUUUUGACUCUGCCCGAAAGAUUAUUUUUCCGUCAACAUCGUACGUUUUACUUUGAGAAAAAAUUUUCGGAAAUCGAUAACUGAAAACUUGAUGACUGACGUUAUCUGUCAUUAUGUUUCACAUUCCUUUUUUUUUUCAAAACGAUCAAUGUUCAUAAGUAUUAACUUCCUAUACAGCUGUUCGACGCACAUGUUUGUAAUUGACUUUUCGAGACUGAAAUCUCGUGACCCGACGCGUCUUCCAAAUUAUUUGGUUCAAUUUUUUUUCUUGUCAUACAACCGAUAGAUUUAAUGUGAUUUUUAAUAUUUAAAUUGAACCUUGUGCAUUAGAUUGAAUAAUACUUCUAUCUAAGUCGUAGAUCUCAUUUUUUGUUCAUAUCAAUAAAUAAUGAUGUUUUGCAUGGUCGAUUUUACAUUACAAUAGCAAUGUAUGUUUACAUUACCUGACUCCAUUUUUAAAGUUAUUGACUUCAAAGUUGACCAUUCAUAAUUUGUCGUAUAUUAUAUAAAUUAUAUCAAUUAAAAUGAAAGCACAAUCAAACUCGAGCUCAUCUAAUAAGAAUGAAAAGCUAUUCUUAAGUCCGUAAACGAGUUCGAGCAAGACUUUGUAAACUUAUAAAAAAAACUAUGUCAAAGAAAUUAUGUACACACGAGUAUCAUAAUUAAAGCGAAAUUAGAUAAAAUAUGUGUAUGCUACGUUGACAAUUAAUUUGUUAUACGCGAAUAAAGUACUAAAGAACAGCAAAAAUAGAACGUACGUGCGAAAAAAAAUCUAGGAUUGCGUUGCAGCGAAAUAAUAUUUUAUAAGAUCCUCCUCAGAGACGAACAAUCGUCUCGAACAUACUGGACAGAACAAAUAUAGUAUUUAGGGAAAAAAACAUUGUACAUACUAUUAUUGAUAAUAUUAAUAUUAUUAUAACACUUGAUAGUUUAAUUACUUAAGCGAUAUUAUCUCGUGUUAAUCCAUGUAAAACAAUACAUGGAUUCAUUUUAUACAGCUAUCGAAAAUUGAAUUUAACCCAGAAUUUUUUAAAAGAAAUUGUAUUGUAAUAACGAUGAUUUUUCGCGUUCGGACACGGAACAACAAUGCGUGUAUGUGUAAAAAGCGUAGCAUAUCUUUAUUAAAAAUAAAAAAAUUGUUUUUACUCAUAGCAAAGAUUGUAAUAGAAAAAUUGUAUACCUAUCCUAAAUGGUAGGAAAAUGAAGUUUGCUGAUUAAACCAAGUUCGUGUAUGCAACAUAUAAA